UUCCGGCUACAGGUUCGCCAGUCAAGGCAUACAUCCCGACGCGAUCGUAGUACGUCAUGAGCAUCGGUGUUCAGUCGGUUUUGUACGUGAUCCUCGGAGUUUCAGGAAUAUUUAUGCCGUAUUCGAUAAACGGUAAUCCAUAUCGCGAUAGUUGUACAGUGACACAUCUGAAAUAUGAUUAUUCGGAAGAGAGGAUUUUCCAGAAGGAAAGAGAUCUUGAGAAAAGCAACCAGCUUGGUUUGCAGGAUGCUAAUAAUGCUCAAAAACCGCAAUCGCUUUUGGAUUCCAAAGACAGGAAAAAAGAAAGAGUUAAAAUAACAAAUUAUCAUCAAGAGACACGCAGAGAAUCAUCCUGGGAUCGAUAUGAAUAUGACAGAGGUUUCUCUCUAUUUAGCCUAGUUGAAUCCAUGCUAUUUGUCGUAGCAAAUGGACUUAGCACAGUUGUAAGCAGCAUCGUUGGUACUGAAAAGAAGAAUUUACGAUCAAAUGUCAGUAAAAUAAAUUAUAGAAACUAUCAAUUGAUUAGAGUGUUUGCUAACACGGAAAGUCACGUUGCGGAUCUGCAUAAUUUGAGAGACGCUGAGCCCGAAGACAUCAAAUUUUGGUCCUUUCCAAAUCUUAACAGGACCUCUGAUAUUAUCGUCGCGCCAGAUCUUGUAGCUGACGUUAAGGAUUAUUUGAGAGAUAAGAAAAUCGACUUCAAAGUGAUAAUAUCGGAUAUUCAGAAAGCAAUCUCAUAUCAAAAUCCAAAAAUGACGAAAGAACAACGCGAGGACUUAGUAACUACUCAAGGUCAUAGUAUGACAUGGAAACGUUAUCAUCGAUAUGGAGAUAUCGUGCGCUAUUUAGAAUAUCUAGCUUUUAGAUACCCCAAAAUGAUUGAAUUAAUAACGAUCGGCCACAGUUACGAAGGCCAACCAAUAAAAAUGGCAAAGGUUUCGACAGGAUUAAAAAAAGACGGCGAAAGAAAACCUGCGAUUUGGAUCGAUGCCGGCAUGCAUGGACGAGAAUGGAUCGGUAGUGCAGUGGCGACCUACAUACUAAGCCAAUUGGUUGAAAGGAAUUCGACUUACUCAAAAUUAUUGGAUAAUUCAGAUUGGAUGAUCCUGCCAGUUGUCAAUCCCGAUGGUUACGAAUAUAGUCAUAUCGGUGACCGCUUUUGGCGGAAAACUAGAAGCAAUCAUGCGGAGAGUCAAGAAGAUAGUAGGUACACACCUUCCAAUUUGUUACAGUUCGUAACGCACUAUACUAGGUGGUUCUGGACUAAAUGCGAAGGAGUUGAUCCAAAUCGAAAUUUUGCAUAUCACUGGGGCGAGGAAAAGGAAGGGGGGGCCAGUUCAGAUCCUUGUCAGGAAACUUACUCAGGACCCUUCGCUUUCUCCGAACCAGAAACGAAGGCUGUGGCAGAUUAUAUUUUGGCAAAUAAGCAACAUAUUCGAAUGUAUUUGACUUUGCAUUCUUAUUCUCAAAUGUGGCUACUACCAUGGGGUCACACACGUUCGAAACCGUCGGAUUAUUCCGAUAUGAUAAACGUAGCGAAAAAGGCAAUUAACGCGAUUACAAAGGUUCAUGGCACUCAUUAUCAACUUGGACCGGUGACAGAUCUAAUGUAUCCAAUUUCUGGGGCAUCCGAUGAUUGGGCCAAAGGCGUCGCCGGUAUAAAGUAUGCGUACACAGUGGAACUACGCGAUCGCGGAACGUAUGGAUUUCUUUUGCCGGCGGCUCAGAUAGUUCCGACUGCGCGCGAGAUCUGGGCGGGAAUUCGCGCAAUUGCUCGCUUGGUUACCUGUAACACGUGAAAUCGCUUUACUUAUCAAAUUAAUUAACGUUUCUUUCGAAGGAUAGAGAGCGAAUCAAUUUAUGAAGCAUAUGAAUAAUUACCAUCAUCUCUGCGGUAGAUAUCGUACAGAGUACAUAGGGCAUUCGUAUCGAGAAAUCAGCACUCAAAUCGUUAUCAGAAUAAAUAAAAUAAGCUGCAAGAGAUAGAUAUCCAUAAUAAUGAUCUUAAUUGAGGUCACAUGAACAUAUUGAUAUUAUCGAUAUGAUGUUAAUAUUAAACAAAUACGUGAAAUGCUAUAAUAAAUUUUUGCAUUUCUUAUACGCGUACACACAAAUUUAUGUUUCUAAAUUAAUUUUAGAAAAUUUUACUUGGAUAAUACUUGAAAAUUAUCAUAUACAGGAUGCUCGGCAACAGGUGCUUCUGUACUUAUGCAUAAUAGUAUAUAUUUUGACAGUGACUCUACUGACGUAGCCUGCACAUUAAAGAUCGACGGAUUGCCGUGCUUCAGGCAUCUUUUAUCAAGCAAAUUUUCAAACAUUUAUAAUUAAAAAGAAGUCACCGCAAUUAUAUUUUUUUGAUUUUUGUCUUAUUUUAUCAAAUAAAAUAACUCUUUUUAAAUUUUGUCUCAUUUGUUGCCGAACACUUUGUACAUAGGAAUUUGAUUUUAUUUUAAUAUAUUAUUUUAAUUUAAUUUUAAUUUAAUAUUCUAAAACUGUACAAUUUAUGUUGUCUUUAAUAUGUUCAUUUUUGUACAUUUCUAUUUGUAAAUUAAGUGAAACAUGUGUAUCCCCCAUAAUACCCCCAUGUAUACAGAAUUAUAUUUAUGGUUUAAAUAGACAGACAGAAAAAAAGAGAAAGAGAAAAUGUGCGUGUAUGUGUGUGUGUGUGUGUGUGUGUGUGUGUGUGUGUGUGUGCAUGCGUGCGUGCGUGCGUGCGUGCGUGCGUGCGUGCGUGUGUGUGUGUGUGUGUGUGUGUGUGUGUGUG